AUGUCUCUGCCAAACCAGUCCCUAGAAGGUCUUCCUCUCGAGGCCUCCAACAGAUCCCUGAACGCUACAGCGGCUUGGGACCCAGAGGUCCUGCAGGCGCUCAGAAUCUCCCUCGUGGUGGUCCUUUCCAUCAUCACACUGGCCACUGUCCUCUCCAAUGCCUUCGUACUUACCACCAUCCUGCUCACCAAGAAGCUCCACACCCCGGCCAACUAUCUCAUCGGCUCCUUGGCCACCACCGACCUCCUGGUUUCUAUCUUGGUCAUGCCUAUCAGCAUAGCCUACACCACCACCCGCACCUGGAACUUUGGCCAAAUCCUGUGUGACAUCUGGGUGUCUUCUGACAUCACGUGCUGCACGGCCUCCAUCCUGCAUCUCUGUGUCAUUGCUCUGGACAGAUACUGGGCCAUCACUGAUGCCCUGGAGUACAGCAAGCGCCGGACCGCAGGCCACGCAGCAGCCAUGAUUGCGGCCGUCUGGGCCAUCUCUAUCUGUAUCUCCAUCCCUCCGCUCUUCUGGCGGCAGGCCACGGCUCACGAGGAGAUGUCUGACUGCCUGGUGAACACAUCUCAGAUUUCUUACACCAUCUACUCGACCUGUGGGGCCUUCUACAUCCCGUCCAUCUUGCUCAUUAUCCUGUAUGGCCGCAUAUACGUGGCUGCGCGGAGUCGAAUCCAGAACCCACCCUCCCUGUAUGGUAAGCGCUUUACCACGGCACAACUCAUCACUGGCUCCGCCGGCUCCUCACUUUGCUCGCUCAACCCCAGCUUCCACGAGAGCCACACACACACAGUCGGCUCCCCUCUCUUUUUUAACCAGGUGAAAAUCAAGCUUGCUGAUAGCAUCCUAGAGCGCAAAAGGAUCUCUGCAGCCCGAGAAAGGAAAGCCACUAAGACCUUGGGCAUCAUUCUGGGGGCCUUUAUCAUCUGCUGGCUGCCUUUCUUUGUGGUAUCGUUGGUCCUCCCCAUCUGCAGGGACUCCUGUUGGAUCCACCCGGCCCUCUUUGACUUCUUCACGUGGCUAGGUUAUUUAAACUCUCUCAUUAACCCUGUCAUCUACACUGUGUUUAACGAAGACUUUCGACAAGCGUUUCAGAAAGUCGUCCAUUUCCGGAAGGCCUCUUAGUUGGAUUUGGGGGUGACUCUUGUUUAUCCAUUAUGUCCUGUA